AUGGAAAAUGAGAUUGGAAAGAUCCUUUGUGAUUUAGAAAGGAUUUUUCCGCCAUCAUUCUUUGAUGUCAUGGUUCAUCUUUCGGUUCAUCUUGCUUCAGAGGCCAAAUUAGGAGGGACAGUUCAUUACCGUUGGAUGUAUCCAGUCGAGAGGUAUUUAUCUACAUUAAAAUCUUACGUCAAAAAUAGGAGUAAACCCGAGGGUUCCAUUGCAGAAGGAUAUUUAGCUGAAGAAUGUUUGUCAUUUUGUUCAUUGUACUUAUCAAGUGAUGUCGAGACCAUACAUAAUAAGACAAGUCGGAAUUAUGAUGACGGUGGUUUUGAGGAUAUUUUACCUAUCUUUUCUAUGUCGGGUCGGCCGAUUGGUGCUACAGUGAGAACAUCUGUUCGUCAUGAAAAUCGGAAAUUACGUGAGCGUGAGAUUCAACGUUUACAUAGCGAGACUUUUGAGUCGUGGUUUCAAGAUCAUGUUGAGGAGCUGCAUACUAGAGGGGAUCAUAGAAUCACGGAAGAUCUAAGAAACUUGGCAAGUGGCCCAGCUGAGUUUGUGAAAAAAUAUAAGGGAUUUAUCAUAAAUGGUUUUCGAUUUCACACAAAAGAUCUGGAACAGAAUAGGAAAACACAAAAUAGUGGAGUUAUGCUUGAGGCCAUGACUAAUAGCUUCUCAAGUGCUAAAGAUAACAAUCCUAUCGUGGGAGAUGUAACAUACUAUGGGGUUUUGAAUGAUAUCAUUGAGUUGGAAUAUGCUGUUUACAGGAAAGUAGUUUUGUUCCAUUGUGAUUGGAUCUCGAAUGGUUCAAGGAAAAAGCAAGAUGAGAAUGGGUUUACUCUACUCAAUUUUGAAGAUCGUGUUGACAAAGGAUGGAAAGUUGUGAUCAAGACAACGCCUAGAGAUUCUUAUGACAUGAAUGAACAAACAUGUCUUGAGAAUGUGGAAACACAUUUGCAGAGUGACACAUCUACGGGUCCUCAACUUGAUGAAAAUAUGAAUAUUGAAUUGGUUAGAAAGGGUUUAAAUGGGACCGUUGUUGAAAAAAAAUACCUUAGUUUUUGA